GAAACGGCAGCAGCGCUCAAGCCUGUGCAAGAUCCCCGGUCGAAUCUACGUUCGCCAUCUUGCUUUUGAAAAUUCCUGAGAAUAAACCCAGGAUUUCCGAGCGCAAAAUCCGUCAUCAUCCGUCCCGCAACUGAACCCUCGGGAGAUUUCGAAGGAGUUUUUUAUCCUCUGCAUUUUUGGGCGGACCAAGGCUAAAGGUUCGCUCAUUGAGUCACCACCCCUAAAUGGUGGCGUGUAGUCGACAUGUCUGCAGUUUCCGGGCUAGCAUCAAAGGGGGAGAAAGGAAAGGCCAAGUUCCAGUCCCUGGAUAUAAAUAGUCUCUACAGAUCAACCCUCGGAGAAUCAGCCGAGCCUCAACAGAAAACCCUUCCUCGUAAACAUGGCAUGCAAAGCUUGGGCAAAGUGCCGUCAGCCCGGCGGCCCCCGGCCAACCUUCCCAGCUUGAAAUCUGAGCACAGCGGUCAGGAACCUCCAGUUUCCCUUGUACCCUCAGGUGGCGCAGGAUGGGGUGCCAAAGGCGAAUCGGAAGAGUCAGCAACCACAGCAACAGCCAGCAGCUCAACCAGCGGCCAGACGGCGCCUGCUACGAACCAACUCUCUACCUCUGCCUCCGGGGCAGCGACCCCAGCGCCCUCCUUGCCCUCAACUGCCCCUCCGGUCACACCCCCAGUCUCUGUGCCUGUGGCGGCCAAAAGCAGUGGUCCCCAAGAGAAGCUAUGGAGCAGCCUCAUGAGCGGCGGUGGAGGCCAAGGCGGCCCCGACAACGGACCUUCCUUCCUUGCACACCAAAACCCCAUGUUCCAGCAAGAGUUUCCCUCCCUCUCCACCGAUCAGCAGGGUGCCAAGAGCACAGCCCAAGAUGUGCAAUACGGUCCGGGACCAAGUCUUCGUCCCCAAACCGAAGGAAGUUGGAUGCAAGGUGGGAUGGCACGAGCUCCUCCGUUGCCUGGUGGUCUACUUGUUGUGGGGGACGCUCGUGGUGGAGCGGCAAUGGACCUGGGCAAAGGCAACUCGGGCCCUCUGGGGGCUGCACCGCCGGCCUCGGGCCAGGGAGGCCCUUCGUUGGCAGCCCCGCUGCCGCCACAAUUGCGGGGCAUAAUUCCACCUUUUAUGUACCGCAACUUCGGCCCUGGAGGCGGCCCAUCAAAUUUCCCUCCUACCUUCCAAGGAAACACCAACUCCAGACAACGCUAUCCAGAUCAAUCAAGGCAACCACAAGGGCAAAGAUAUCCAUCUCAGCGUCCUGUAGACGACGAUGCAUUGUUCUCAAGGCCCAUAAUAAAGGAAGAGGAUUUGAAGCAGAUGGAUGAAAUAGUUAGGGACAACGGUUGGGCAACCACUGAUGAUAUUGAUUACAACCAAAAGUUGUCGUUUAGUGAUGAAGAAGGUGAUGAGGGCUCGCAAAGUAGGCCAAGUAAACAAAGUGACAAGCAAGAUGCUGCGCAGCGCGGCAGCAGGCAGGGCGCACCAGCAUUCCCUGGCAAGCAAACAUUUGGUGGUAACAGUGGUGCGGGUCCUCCCAUUGCAUUGAUAGGAGACGAAGAGUUUUGGAGAGAAAAGAGGCGCCAACAAAGUGAAGAUGUUGCUUUGGCCGUCGAAAGAGCAAAGCAACGCAAAGAGGAGGAAGAAAAGAGAUUCAAGGAUCAAAGAGAAGCAGCCGCCAAAAAGCUGCAAAUGCUGGAGGAGAAAAUGGGAGUCAAUUCAGGUGCAGGUGGCAAGGCUGAGUUGCUAAAUGAAAAAGAAGUCGAUGACAAAGUAAAGUCUUCAAUGGAAGGGUCUGACUCCUGGGUGAAGCAGGUGGAGGAAAGCAGCAGGCCAGAAAGCCUGCCUAGUGCAACUGAAGGAGAACAGAGGAAGGAGAGGCCUCGAGAAGGCGCACAUGAGAAUGUCGCUUUUUCACCAAAGUUUUCAGAAGACCUCCCUCCUCGAUUUGCUAAGCAGAAGCAGAUGCUGCUGCGAACAAAUAAACCGGGCCAGAAGGGCGUUUCUCCGCCACCCCCACAGACAAACACGCCACCUCCACUUUUGGCCACCCCCAUUCCUCCUCCUCCUAACUUCGAACAGAGGUGGAACUUGAACAACAUAGUCUCAUCAGGAAGGGGUCAGGCGCGUCGCAGGAGUUCGCAGGAGCAAGAUGACUUUGAAGAUCAAAAGGGCAGGGACCAGGACAAACAGAGACAUGGUGACCGCCAUGAUAGGUAUCAAGGGUCUAGAAGAGAUGGCAGGAAAAUCUCUGAAGGCUCCAGGAAGGACAAAUCUGAUGAUGAUCACUACAACAGGCAGCAGUCUUCCGAAGAGAGAAGCGAGCCAUCUGAAAUUGGGCAUAGGGAGAAGGACUAUGGAAACAAUGAAUGCAUGGAAAUUCUCCCUCCCCAUAGUCAGAUUGAUCCAUUUGAUGACAAAGACUUGUGUCUGAAGUUCAAAGAUGCGACCCCGCCACCGCUGAUAGUGGACAUGGCGCUGAAAGGAAAACCACGCGCAGACAAAUGGAAUAUGGGCCAAGUGCAGCAUCAGCGACAAGACUCUGAGAGAAGUGAUGACUCGAGGGGCAAACGAGGACCAAAACUUGAUGCUUGGUCUCGAGAUGACUCUUUGGUAGCCAAACUAAGAGGAGAUGACGACUCCAAGUUGGACAUGGGCAAGAUUGACUCCAAGAAAGACGACCUCUCAAAGCUUGAUGAUGAUAGAAAAGCCAAAGGGCGCGGCCAGAGAGGAGAACGAGGCCCACGUGCAGGCAAGGAUGGCCGGGACAACCGCGACAAUAGGGAUAACCGUGAUGCAAACUGGUCAACUGGUGGAAACGCCUUUGCUAAGACUUGGGCUCGCACUGGCGAGGUUCCUCGCGCUGGAGACGGAAAACUUUCGGAUGGUCGUGGAAAGGGCAGAGGCUCUAAAUUGCACCCUGCACCAGGAAGCAAACCUGGCAAAGCUUGGGGAGAGGAUGAGUCUGAUCUGAGUGAUGAAGAAAUCAUGCCCAAGGAUGCGGUGAAAGAUGACAAGCGUGUGAGAAAGCCUCCAAAGCAGUUGAAAGAUGGCCCUGAUGAGAGAAAAGGAACAAUCAUUGGCAGCGAGAAAAAGUCUGGGGAAAAAAUGUCAAAGCCUGGCAAUUCGAAGGAAGGUUUUGCCCCCAGGGGCGAACCUUCAAGGCGUGGAAGGGGCGGCGGCAGCAACUCCAGACCCAGAGGAGGAAUGGGACGAGGUAUAGACGGCUAUGGGCCACCAGCCAAGAGUCCUUUCGGCAAUCGGGAUGAAAAUCGGAAGUCUGACUCGAAAACUGGAGACGACAUGAACAAAACUAAACUUGGCGGGAUGGUGCCUCUAUCUAGUUCUGUGGCAAACGCCAAGCAGGGAAAACAACAGCCCAUGCCGCCACGCAUGCAGAAAGCUAAGGAUGGUUCUGAAAAGAGUGGUAGACGGAAAGGCAAGGGUGCAAAAUCACCUUCAAGGGGUGAGAAGACUGCCGAGGAGCAUAAUGACGAGACGUGGGAUUCUUUGUCUGACUCUGAAGAUGACCAAGAGGGCCGUGGACCGCGAAAGGGUGCCAGUCCCAGGUCAAAUCACUUCAGUACUCCUAGCCUGACCACAUCAAAGGCUCCUGGUGCUGAGAAGAAGAAUGGACUGGGAUCAGUUGGUGCUAGGUCAAUGGGGCAGGGCAAGAAAGAGAAUGUGCCGUUGACAGAAGCAGCGAAGAGACUGGAAAAGGAGAAGAGUGCUCUUGACGCUUUGGACAUUAGUACUUAUGCUGCUGUGACUUCAUUGGUCGAUGACCAGAUUUCACCUGAUGCUGACGGCUCGCAGUUUCUCUCUUCCUAUAACUAUCAAAAGAAGAAAAGGUCCAACUCACCACCAAGGGACCGCGGGCCACCAAUCAACCGUGGAGGCAAAGGUCCCUUUGGGCCUCCGCCACCUCAAGGGCAGCAACAGCAGAUGCCCAUGGGCAUGAAGCCUGGCCCAAAGUCUGGCAAUUAUGAACGACCUCAUGACCGUUCAAGGGCAUCAAAGUUGCCACCCCGCUUGGCCAAGCAGAAGGAAGUUAAUAGGAUGAACAAAGCUGCAGCAAACAUGCCGCACCACCUAGGAACUGAAAUGCUGGACAUGUAUGUCAGUGGAGACUCGAGUCACAGCAACUCGUGGGACAAAUCAUUGGCCGACCCACUCAGGGGAGGAUCUCCACUCGCGUCAUGUGUAACUCUCAUAGAUCAGGAUACAAAUGGAAGCUUGCCUGUGCCACAAAUCACUCCUGUUGAGGGAGAAGACACAGCUGAUAUGAAAUUGGACUUUGCUUUUGACUCUUCCGAGUUGCUCGAGGACAAGAACAAAACAAGAUCUGGAGGACACAGCGUCUCAUCAGCCCCUUCAUCAGUUUCUUCCAACUCAACAAUGUCCCCAUCCACAGCCGAGCUGAACUUAAAAAUUGCUUCAGUCAAAAAGGUCUGGGAAAAUGCAACCAUGCCCACCGUUCUUGAGCAUUCUCAGGAUGACUUUUCAACUGCUGGAUUCGAGCAGGCGCUGGACUCCUCAUUCAAAGAGGCAUCUUCAGAAGAGAAUUUACCCACUGAUGUUUCUUACAGCGUUGGACAGACUAUUGUUUCUGGCGGCACUUAUGCAGCCGUCCCUGGCGGAUUAUCUGCUACAAGCCUGGCAGGAAAGACGGACCCGACAACAACAUCAAGUAAUGUGUGCAAAGUAAAGCCCCAGCAGCAGCAGAUGGCUAUGUCUGCAGGUCAAUCGCCUAUUGGCCAUCAGAACCAGCUGUCUCCGCCACCCUACAAUUCAUCUUCAACCUCAUCACAGCACAGCCACCUUGGCUACACGGCAGUGCAACGUUCGGCUGGGGUUGACAACAUGUCUUGUUGGCAGCACACAGGUACUGCUGCACCUGGCUUUGGUGGCAUCUCAGCCAUCCCGUCUCCUCCAACGGUCCUCUUCAACACCAACCAGCAGCUGCAGCAGGCUAGCGGUCUUUACAGCACCUUCCAGUUGGACAACCAGAGAUCUCAGUACUCGCAAUACCCACCCUAUGGCCUGGGAAACAAUAACGCGGCCACUGGAUUCUCCCAGCAGUCGCUCUACAUGCAGCAGCCUCCUCCACCACCUCCUACUGCACAGGGCUCUGACAUGUACCCCCCUUCGCUCUCUCAGUACCGACUACAAGCCACUGCCACUCCAUAUGGACAGACACAACAUGUGACAAGCAACCCGAGCACAGUGUUGAUCUCGACAACUUCCAACUCGCUCAUGUCUGCCAGUGUGAAGCCUAGCACACAGCCGAUUGGAGCAAUAGGCAGCAAGGGCUUCCAAACAUCUGCUCCACCACCCCCUCCACAGGUACCAUACAAACCAAACGCAAUGUACAUCUACGAUCAUCAAGCUGCAGCAGCAAAUCUGCUGGGAUUGAGUGGUCCAGGCUUUAUGACGAAUGCUGCCCCACUGGUGCAGAGGCAGACGCAAGUACAGAACAAUGUUGUUCCCGCCAUCCAGGCGCCGUCCUCAUACUUCUCCAACUCUGCAGCACCCGGACAGGGCGCUUUUUACCAGACGAACAACCCGCCUCCUCCACACCCGAGUGCCGCGGCCGCAGGAGCUCUUCACAGCUCGAACAACCCUUACGCAACCAACAUGUCAGGUUUUGCGCAGAACACAGCCAACUCUGGCUCAAUCCCUGGAUUCAACACCACACCCCAGAUGGUUGCAGCUGCAGUUCAAGGUUAUCGCAAUGCAGGAAAUGUUGCUGCUGCAAACUACAUGAAGUCAGCCCAGCAGAACGCCUCAGACCUGAGCGGCCGACAAUUGAAAUCGCCUGCUCAGGACCAGCUGGGCCCCUCGGUUUUCUCCAGUUCGCAGAUGAACGCUUCUCCCAAGGGUAGAGGCAACUCGGGUGGUGGAAACUCGAUGAACAAGCAGCCUCCUCUUCCCAGUCCCACCCUCGGCCAGCAGAAUCAGCAGCAGGGUCAGAAGUAUGGUGGCUACUCGUCUAACUCCAUGGGAUUGCAACAGAGCAUGGUUGGCGGAGGACGUAACAGUGGUCCACGAGGCCCCUCAUACCCAUCACCUAUCCAGAGACCCAAUUUCCAACAGAACUCUAUGUCUGGACCAAACAGGCCCCGCAUGCCAACCAACCAGCAGCAGCGAGGCAAGGGCGGCCACUCUGGCCAAGGAUCCAACUUGAUUCCGAAAAUUGAUCAACCAAGCGGCGAUAAGCAGCCGACUAACAAUCCAAACAAAGAAACUAACGGCAGCAGCCCAGUAUCAGCGCCGCCAGCCGCUUUGCCUGUUGACUUGACAAAGAAAACUGUUGAGAAGAAGCAGCCGGUGGGAGUGCCGACCGUGAGCAAGGGGCCGGUGGUGGCCCCCGCCGUGGCACCAAGUGACGUCAAGGAAGAGAGCAUAACCAAAGAGGAGGGCAGCAAACCGGCCGCCCAGUGCGUCGAGUGAAACUCUCCAAAGACAGUUUGUUGUUUGGUUCGCUCCGGAGGACAAUCACUGAGCCGCCGGAGAGAAUGAAUUAAUCGAUUCCCCUCCUCGUCCUCCUUGAGAUGUGAUAAUCAUCCUGGUUUGAGUUCUCCUUGAUUGUGGUCCGUUUGUUGCUCGCAGCAGCAAGAGACAGUAUUAACCGUUUGUUUUCCUCCCGUUUGUGCUGCUCUUCACAUUCCACUGUCAAGUUGUCGGGUGCACGCGAUGGACUGCACUCGCCCAAUUAAUUGAUGGUCAGAUCGCAGCACUGCGACUCUUUGACGACAGAAAGAAGUAAUUUACAAGAAACGCGCGGAUCUUUGUUGCAUUGUCGGUAGUGGAUUCAAUGAUGGCAGUAGAUGUAUGAAAAUUUUUCUCCGAGAAAAUCGCAAGCAAGCGGUGGAGAUGUAAGAUACAGUUUUUGCAUUUUCUAGUGUUUCCUCACAUGCAACAGACACACAAGAUGUAUUUCAUUAACUGUUAUGCAAGGUAACUCUUUUUGUGUAGUAGUCUCGGCUCGGCAAACACGUCGAUAUUCACUAUGCUGCAACUACGAUUAUAAUAAUUAAAGUAUAUUUAUCAUUUCUUCUGUGAUCUGCUUCGAUGAAUUUUAAAUUGACGUAUGAAAGAAAGGAAAUUACUAUUGCGGUAGAGAGUAAAUCCCAAACUUUUUAAGUUGAUUUAUCUGAUGAAAGAAAUGGAAUCAAUGCACAUUCAAGUGAACAUUGUAAACUUUGUUAUGGACACCAGAAUUAAAAAAAAAAGUGAAAUAAAACUCAAAAAUUCUGAUCAAACAAACGUGAU